CAGUUUUUCCCAUAUGGCGAUGCAUCAAAGUUUGCCCAACACGCUUUCAGAACCUUCGAUAAAAACGGAGAUGGAACCAUUGACUUCAGAGAGUUUAUAUGUGCGCUGUCCAUCACUUCAAGGGGAAGCUUUGAACAGAAACUUAAUUGGGCUUUCAAUAUGUAUGACCUGGACGGGGACGGCAAAAUCACCCGAGUGGAGAUGCUAGAGAUCAUUGAGGCAAUUUAUAAAAUGGUGGGCACUGUGAUCAUGAUGAAAAUGAACGAGGAUGGCUUGACGCCUGAACAGAGGGUAGACAAGAUUUUCAGCAAGAUGGAUAAGAACAAAGAUGACCAGAUCACGCUGGAUGAGUUCAAAGAAGCCGCAAAGAGCGACCCUUCCAUCGUAUUACUGCUCCAGUGUGACAUUCAAAAAUGA